AGAAGGAGGACAUGGAGGAGAGGAUCACCACACUGGAGAGGCGUUACCUGAGCGCUCAGCGCGAGGCCACCUCGUUACACGACGCUAACGACCGCCUGGAGAACGAGCUGGCCAGCAAGGAGUCGCUGUACAGACAGAGCGAGGAGAAGGGCCGCCAGCUGCAGGAAUGGCUGGAGGACGCCAAGGCCAAACUCCAGCAGACCCUCCAAAAGGCCGAGACCCUCCCCGAAAUCGAGGCCCAGCUGGCCCAGCGCGUGGCCGCCCUCACCAAGGCAGAGGAGCGCCAUGGGAGCAUCGAGGAGCACCUCCGGCAGCUGGAGGCGCA